AGUACGGCUCAAAGGCGUCUUAGAGUAGUGUCAUUAGGUAAAGUAAGGAUAGAACUCAUUAACUUGGUUGACAAAUCCAAAUAUUCAAAAGGCCGACAUAAAAGGGAACAAUACUACGAGCCUAUUACGCGUCUACGCAGGGUGGCAGCAGCGGUCUGGUGACUGUUUCGGGCUGCAGCCAAAGAGGAGAACCUAUCAGGCUGCCGCAGUGAGGAUAAAGCAAAGGUUGCUUUCAUACUUUGUCUCACGAGAGUGUCGGACUGUAUUGGUGUUUUCUCACCAUGGCGGACUAUUUAAUCAGCGGUCAAACAGGAUACGUACCUGAUGAUGGUCUCACGGGACAGCAACUCUUCGGCGGCGGGGAUGGCCUCACUUACAAUGACUUUCUUAUUCUCCCUGGGUACAUUGAUUUCACCGCAGACCAGGUGGACCUGACAUCUGCACUGACCAAACAGAUCACGAUGAAGACCCCUCUGGUGUCCUCCCCCAUGGAUACUGUUACCGAGUCGGGGAUGGCCAUCGCCAUGGCGCUGACUGGAGGAAUUGGUUUCAUCCAUCAUAACUGCACCCCAGAAUUUCAGGCCAACGAAGUCCGCAAGGUCAAGAGGUACGAGCAGGGUUUUAUUACGGACCCUGUAGUCAUGAGUCCAAAUGAGCGCGUGCGAGAUGUGUUCCAGGCCAAGGCCCGCCAUGGUUUCUGUGGCAUUCCCAUCACAGACAACGGGCACAUGGGCGGACGCCUUGUGGGCAUCAUCUCCUCCAGAGACAUCGACUUCCUCAAAGAGGAGGAGCAUGACCUGCCACUGAGUGAGGUGAUGACAAAGCGGGAGGAUCUUGUUGUGGCCCCUGCUGGAGUGACACUAAAAGAAGCCAAUGAAAUCCUUCAGAGAAGCAAGAAAGGUAAGCUGCCUAUCGUGAAUGAGGAAGGCUGCCUGGUGGCCAUCAUCGCACGGACUGAUCUGAAGAAGAACCGUGACUUUCCUCUGGCGUCUAAAGACUCACGCAAACAGCUGCUGUGUGGCGCCGCCAUCGGUACACACACGGAUGACAAGUACAGACUGGAUCUACUGGUGCAGAGCGGAGUGGAUGUGGUUGUACUGGACUCAUCUCAGGGGAACUCUAUCUUCCAGAUCAAUAUGAUCAAAUACAUAAAAGAGAAAUACCCCAACCUACAGGUUAUAGGAGGCAAUGUGGUGACAGCCGCCCAGGCGAAAAAUCUGAUUGACGCUGGUGCGGAUGCCCUCAGAGUGGGCAUGGGCAGCGGAUCCAUCUGCAUCACGCAGGAAGUGUUAGCUUGUGGGCGACCUCAGGCCACUGCCGUGUAUAAGGUGUCAGAAUACGCCCGUCGUUUUGGUGUGCCAGUCAUUGCUGAUGGGGGCAUUCAGACUGUAGGCCACAUUGCUAAAGCCCUGGCACUUGGAGCUUCAACAGUUAUGAUGGGCUCUUUGCUGGCCGCCACCAGCGAAGCUCCGGGUGAGUAUUUCUUCUCAGACGGGAUCAGACUGAAGAAGUACAGAGGCAUGGGUUCCCUGGAUGCCAUGGAUAAGAACCUGGGCUCCCAGACAAGAUACUUCAGUGAGAGUGAUAAGAUAAAGGUAGCACAAGGAGUAUCGGGGGCCGUACAGGACAAGGGCUCCAUCCACAAAUUUGUUCCAUACCUGCUUGCUGGCAUCCAGCAUUCCUGUCAGGACAUAGGGGCCAAAAGCCUCACUCAGCUUAGGGCUAUGAUGUAUUCUGGAGACCUGAAGUUUGAGAAGAGAACCAUGUCUGCUCAGAUGGAGGGCGGAGUGCACAGUUUGCACAGUUAUGAGAAGCGUCUGUUCUGAGGAGUCCCAGCGUCAUUUGUGGAUGCAUACGUUCAUGCACACACACACACACACACACACACACACACACACACACAGACACACACACACACACAUACAAAUACACACAAAUACAGGAGCAUUCACACAUCCAUGUACUGUCUCACUACACAGCAUACAAACACUGGCACACACUGAAAAACCUCAAAUUCUGUUUGUUCUCGUCUUCCCACUAAGUUUCCCUCUUCACACGGAGAGAAACUGUGUGUAUGUGUGUGAUUUGUCCUGAAGGUCAUGGAGUGUUUGUUUUGUUUUUUUUUUUUUUCUUAAAUGUAUAUCUAAUGCCUUCCUUGUUUAAAAGACGUGUCUCAUUGACAUUUCAAGUCGAUUACCAAGAAAUCAAAGAAUAAAAAUUGUUCCCUUUUUUUCCACAAA